CUCAACCUCAUGAAUACAUUCACCUCAAUUAACAUGACUUCUUCUUCUUCUUCUUCCUCAUUUGAACAUCUCAGUUUGUUUCUCUUGCCAGAGAUACAAAUCAUGGAAAUAUUCCUCGCACUUGUUGUUUUCAUCGCUAUACAUUCCUUAAGGCAAGCGAAAAAACAAGGACUACCAAACUGGCCACUCGUAGGGAUGUUGCCUUCUUUGAUUUUAGGCCUACGUAAAGACAUGUAUGAGUGGAUUUCUGAUGUUCUCUGCCGCAUGAACGGGACAUUUACAUUCCGAGGUCCAUGGUUUACCAACCUGAACUGUGUGGUCACAUCUGAUCCCCGGAAUCUUGAGUAUCUUCUUAAGACAAACUUCUCAAAUUUCCCAAAAGGAGACUACUUCCGGAGCACUGUCAGAGACCUUCUUGGAGAUGGAAUAUUCAAUGCAGAUUAUGAUAAUUGGCAUAAACAGAGGAAACCAGCUAGCAUUGAAUUCCAUUCUGCUAAGUUUAGGAACAUGACAACAGAUUCAUUGUUGGAGCUUGUUCAUUCUAGGCUCUUACCUGUUUUAGAAGAUUCAAUCAAGCAAUCAAACCCUAUCGAUCUUCAAGAUGUUCUCCUUAGGCUCACAUUCGAUAACGUCUGCAUGAUUGCCUUUGGGGUUGAUCCAGGGUGUCUCCACCCUCACUUACCCCAAAUUCCAUUUGCUAAAGCUUUCGAAUUAGCAACAGAGGCAACCGUUCUACGGUUUGUCACUCCCACGCUUGUAUGGAAAACCAUGAGGUGCCUCGGGUUAGGAACAGAGAAGACACUUAAACAUUCACUGAAAAAAGUGGAUGAAUUUGCUGAUGAAGUAAUCAGAACAAGAAAGAAAGAGAUUUCUAUAGCAGAUAGUAAACAGAGAUCAGAUCUUUUAACAGUGUUUAUGGGGUUAAGAGAUGAAGAAGGAAAGCCGUUUUCCGAUAAGUUCUUAAGAGAUAUAUGUGUGAAUUUCAUUCUAGCUGGAAGAGACACAUCUUCAGUUGCAUUAAGCUGGUUUUUCUGGCUGUUGGAUCGUAAUCCGGAGGUUGAACAAAGGAUUUUAGCUGAGAUUUGUAAGAUUCUGAAUGAAAGGGAGGAUGCUAUUAAUGAAAGUCCAUUGAUUUUCAAGCCAGCAGAGAUCAAGAAAAUGGAUUAUCUACAAGCUGCUCUUUCUGAAGCUCUCAGAUUGUACCCUUCUGUCCCAGUUGAUCACAAAGAGGUUGUUGAAGACGAUGUUUUCCCAGACGGGACAGUAUUGAAGAAGGGAACAAAGGUGGUGUAUGCAAUCUACACAAUGGGAAGAAUGGAAGGUAUAUGGGGUAAAGAUUGCAGAGAAUACAGACCUGAAAGGUGGUUGAGAGAUGGACGGUACAUGAGUGAACCAGCAUACCGCUUCACUGCCUUCAACGGAGGACCUCGCCUUUGCUUAGGCAAAGAUUUUGCUUAUUAUCAAAUGAAAUUCACAGCUGCAUCCAUCCUCUAUCGUUACCAUGUCAAGGUAGUGGAAGGCCAUCCAGUUAUGCCCAAAAUGGCUCUUACUAUGUACCUCAAGUAUGGACUACAAGUCAAACUCUCUAGGCGUGAUCAAUCUCAACUUCCUCUGAACAACAAAUACUUUAUGUAG